UUAGUCAUUACCAUUGAAUAUAAAAUAUUAAGUCUUCGUUACAUACCAAAUGUUAUAAAUUAUUAGUUAUAAUAAUAUUUUUUAAUCUUGAACUACAGUGCUCAAUAUUACCGUUAAAAUAUAUAUAUAUACUUAAGUCUUAUAGUAAUAAAUAUUUCUGUUGUCAAUUAAUUAUGAAUUUGUUUUAAGUGUGAAAUCGUUAGUGCAUCAACUUUGGGAUAUGAUUUUAUAUGCUUUAAUUUUAAGAAGCCGGGACAUUCUACCACUGACGUCCACUACCAAUUAUCACUGUAGUAAUGGCGAGAGCGCCAUUGACUUGAAACUAAUCAACAAGAUCGUAAAGAGUGUUCUAAAAAAAACUGAUUUACCCAAAAAUAAAUGUUUCCUUCGCACCAACGACAAAACCUACUACUUUUUACCAUGUUUAAAUAUAAUUUGCAUGGCAAUGUGCAUUCCAUCAUAUCCUCAAGUUUUAGCCUACAGCUUUUUAGAAGAACUAGCUGGAGAGUUUACAAAAAAAUAUGACCGUUUUAAAGUAGAACAAGCUUUGAGACCCUACAAUCUUAUUGAAUUUGAUACUACUAUACAUCCUAUCCAACAAAUGUAUAAUAAACCACAACAACUGACAUCCAGGAUAAAUUUGGCUGAAAUUACUCGUGAUAUCACAUUAGAUCCACCUCAAGAAGUAUUUAUUGUUGAAGAAAAUUCUAAGAAUAAUAUUCAUACACCACAAGUUAUUCCUCCGACUGUUCGAGUUGGACCACUGCCUACUUUAGAACCUUUGUCUUUCAUUGACAAAACAUCUUUAAUUUUUACUAUAUGUUUAAUUGUUCAUAGUAUUGUCGUAGUAAUGGAUACAUGGAGGAGUUGGACAACUGAGGAAGAUGAAUCAUUGGAUACUGGUUGGCUUCACUUUUGUAGUAUUCUCUUCCGAUUAGCUCAGAUGUAUGUCCUUACGCACAAGCAAAUGUAUAGAUGGAAGAAAGGGUGGGCACUGUUCUUAGUGCUAUUAAGUGUAGAUUGGUUUCUGUAUUUCAACGAUGAUCUAUGGCAAGUGAUUUUAGUUUAUGUCAUUACUACACUGACUCAUACAUGCAUACUUAGACGGAAAAUUGCCAUUAAGUUACCACAAUAUCAGAUUUAAGCUUGGAUAAAAUAUUUGAAAUCUUUUGUAUUAGACAUUUGUGCAUUAAACAUAAUUUGUUAUUCUGUUAACCAAACAAAAAAUUGUAUAACAAAUGUUUCUUUUUAUACUAAAAUUACAAUAUAAAACAAAUAUUAUAAUCUGUUUUUUUUCUGGUUCAUUUAUACUUGUUGAUAUAUAUUAUUUAUUUACAAUUAUUAUUGUUCCAUUGUGAUAAAAUAAUAAUAAUAAUGAGAUUUAUAAAUCUUGUGUCAAGAUAAUUAACAAUAUACAAUUAUGAAUAAGUGUUAUUAAGUGUAAUUGAAUAUGGUAUCUCUAUAAUGCUAUGUAUAGAAUUUGAUUAGGUACAUAAUGUGUGCUCGGAUUCAAUAUUUCAGUCCAUCGGAAUUUUUAUUUGAUAAUUUAUUUACCUAUAAUACUAUUAAACUAGUCUUGCUUGUGGUUUAUUUUGAAAGUGGAAAAUUUAUAUCACUUUUAUCAUAAACUGCAAGGUUAAUAUUGGUUUAAAAAUGUUUGUUUUAAAAUGAAUUUAAGAUUUUAUUAUAUUUUUUUAUAACUGUUAUUAAGACAUCUAUUUUAGAUUUCAAUUUGUAAAAUCAAUAUAUGUAUGUAAAUAUAAGUUUGUAAGUAUCUGUCACAGAUAUACCAAGUAAAACGUACAUGUUUUAAUAAAUAUUGAAAAAAAAACAAUUA